GUGUAUUCAAGACUUCAAUCAGCUGUCAGGAGAAGCAAAUGCAGAUACAUCUCCAGGAUUGUUAGUUCAAGCAGUGGAAACCUGUUUCAUUGGAAAAAGAUUUAUAUUUGGAGUGAAGGGUCGUGCAAGUAAAGAUGGAGGGUGUUCUGCUGCCAGCAGCAUCUUGCAAAACUGUUCCAGAAUUAAUAGAAGUACAAAAAACCUUACAGCUUGCCAGAUCUUCCUGCCAAACACUGCUGUUACUGGCUUUACUGUUAUCAGCUACUUUCAUCAGCUUCUGCAGUCAGCAAAAUUCAGGAGCUGUAAUAACAGCCCAUACUUACCUGAUGCAUCUUCAGCUCCAACAGAUGAACCUGUCAGUGAGCUCAGCAGCUUGUCUGUCCUGAGCAGAAACUCCUGUUUUGUUCAGUCUAAUGGCAGAGAAAGUUUUUUAGGGUCCUGGCAGCAGUCCUUCAGCCUGACUUCAUCUGUUGCUUGGGUAACAGCGGAAGACUUUCCCACUCUGGAAGUGGGAAAGCUGGUGAGUGAACAGCAUGAAGAAGAGGGGAGGCCUGUCUCUGCAGAAUCGUGCAGUGUAAGCCUCAACAAUCAAACUGUUUGCAAUUCACAGUUUUGCAGCUCUUCUGUGAAGGAAGGGGAUAAAGAGGGGGAUAAUGAAUUGAGUUCACAGCCUGGUUGGACAGACAGUAUCUCUGCAACUGAUAAAUUAGAGAGAGUAUCCUCUUCAAAGACUGAGUGUUCACAUGGAAACAGUUUCAGGUUGUUACAACAUCCAUUGGAGUUUGGGGUAAAAAGCAUUUACCCAGAGACUAAUAGUAGAAAUAAUUCUCACCCAGCAAAAUCCCCCACCUCCCUUUUUUACAAGAGAAAUGCCUCCGCUUCUCAUCACGUAAAUGUAGCUGGAGUGUCUCAGACAGCCUCUAUGCUUUGGGAUGAGCUCCCAUUCUCAGAAAGCCUAAAUGAAUUUUUAGCCAGGAUAGAAGAUGGCAAAAGUGUUGUAACAUCACCCAGCCUUGAUGCAGGCAAACAUGCCCUUCUUGAAGGUAGCAAGUUGGGUGUAAAUCAAAAUAAUAAAUCAUAUCCCAGGCAAACCCUAGCAGCUGGUGAUUUGCCUGAAGUGUGCAUCUCAGGGAGGUUCUUGCCACCAGCAGAGAAUGAUAGUUGGGAGAACAUAUUGUUUGCUUGUCUUCAGUCGAACGCAAAUCCUCCAAGUGAUGAGGUGUCACAAUGUGAGUCUUCCUGUAGUGUUUUAUCUUCAACUGACAAGGAAUGUGGAGCAAGGUGCUUUAUACCUAACCCUGAUCUACCUCUUCUGUCACAGUCCUUGCCAGUUACCUCAGAGCCUUCUGUUUCUGAGAGCAGAUACGUGCAGUCCAAAGAAGCGAAUACUGACACUUCAAAGUCAGUUUGGUCUUUUAUUAGUCUGCCACGUACUGCUGAACAUGGAGAAACCUCCUCUUUAAAAAGGAGCAAGGCACCUACGUGUGUGCAUUCUGUACAUGAUAGCUGUUCAGCUGGUUGUGGAAACAAAGAAAAUUCUUCCUCUACACCAAGCCAAGGAACAGAUCUUACAUUCCCAGGGGCAUGGGACUCUGAUCCAGCAACUCCCAACACUACAAGAAGGAUAUAUAAAAGAGAAUUAAAACUAUUGUCAGAACUGCAAGAAAAUACCUUCAAAAGUGUUAAUAGGAGAGAGAUGCUGUGGAACAAUAGCUUCCCUGAAGGCUCCUACAAUGCUUCUGCUGAUCUCUUUGAUGCAAGUGCAAGAGAGGUAGCAAAACCUGUAGGAUUCUUAAAUAAAUCAUGUAAUUCUUUAGUACAGGAAGAUACUUGGACAGAAAAGGUCACAGCUCCUGAAUUGGUGCUUUAUCCUGGAGAUGUUCCCUUUAACAGUUUGAAACCGAGCUCAUCCCUACAUAGGUCCCCUCCUGCUUUCAGUAAGCACAGUACACCAUUAACUUACACCUUUUGUGAUUCAGAAUGCAAUUCAGUUAGUGCUCAAGACUUUGUUCCUUAUUCACAGUCGACUCCUAUGACAAAACCUCUCCAGAAACUGUCGCCUGUUGGGGAAAGAAGCUCUUUUGUCACUUUCUUCACCCCUAAAAAUCCCACUAAAAUCCAUUCCAAAUGCAAGCGAUCUAGGUCUUCCUUUCAAAACACUCUGCUGCAGAAGCUUACUGGCAGGCUAGUGAAAUGUAAAAGGCCAAGUGACAGGGAAGACAAAGAAAGUAAUAUCUCUGUUUCACAGCAGUUCCUUGACAGCCAACCACCUGCCAGCUUUGAGGAGUGGAUCCCUCCAUCUGCAAACAAAAGGUUGAAACCAACUGCAUCUUUAAAUUUAAAAACAGUUCGCUGGGCUGCUGACUUGAAAUCAACCUGUGGGCACGCUGACAGGAACCUGAUGUCUGAAAGCAAAGAGAAUAGUGAAAAUGGUGCAUGCUUCAGAAAUGAGAGAUUAAACUCUGGGGAUACAGCCAGGAUUCUAACAACUCCUGUAUCUGCAGGUGUUACCAAGGCCCUGUUUUUAAAUGAUGCAGUCCUAGAAACUUGUUCCCCUUCAGUAGGCAAGAAUCUCUUCUCAAGUGCAAAUUACUCAAUGGGUAUAUUGGAAGGGGCAACUGGCUGGUCUCCUGAGUUGUUCUUCCAAGCACAGACCCCUUUUUCCAAUAAGACAAAAUAUUAA